AUGGCCAUCCCGUGGAGCUCCAUCCGCAGCCUCCUCCUCUUCUUCGGGCCCGUCCUCCUCCCCAAGGCCAUCAUCUACUACCGCUCCGUCCGCGACACCUCGCGGCGCCGCAACCUGCCCAUCCGGCCCGUGCCGCGCGGUGUCCUUGUUCCGCUCGCCCUGCUCGUCGUCCUCGUCCUCGCCUUCCUCGCGGCGUCCCUGCCGCCGUUCAGCCCCGAGAAUGUCUUUGCGCGGACGCAGAGUCGGCUCCAGAUCCCCAACGAUGUCCUCUUCAACCGCCUCGCGGCCCUGCGGCCCUCCCGCACGCUCACCCGCACCGACGAGGCGCUGAGGGCGAGGUUCGUCAACCUCGAAAGCAGGCUGCUCUAUCUUCAGUUCGGUCCCGACGUGCUCGCCGACUGCCCCUUCUGCAACGUCGACGAGCCCAUGAGCUUCUACUACUACGCGCUGACGUCGAUGCUGUGGCCGCACCUCAUCAACCUCGUCGUCAUCGCCGUGGCCACGAGCCCGUCCUGGACCGGCAAGUCGGGAUCCCAGUGGCGCACCUUUGCCACCAUCACCGCCGCCGUCGUCGCCGCCGGGGAGGUGUACGUCGUCAGCGCCUACAACUACCAGGCAAACGCCCGGGCCCUGCGGCUCGCCGACGUCGACUUCUUCUUCUGGGACGUGCGGGUCUACCGACUCGUCGCCCUCGCCGCCUUCGACGCCUCGCUGGCCUGGGUCCUCUACCUGUCGUCGACGAAUCGGGCCUUUGGUCAGCCGCUCUCGCCGGCCGAGCGCGUCGAGGCCGUCAGCCAGGGCCUCGCGGCCGUCAAGAGCAAGAUGCACGCCGUCGGCAUCAUCAAGAACACGGCCCAGCGGGACGAGGACCUGAGGCUGCGCAGCCAGGCCUACUGGAUGCACGAGGUGCGCCUGAUGGGCGAGGUCAUGGAGGAGAGGGAGGUCAUCGAGGGCGUCAACGACGCGCUGAGCAACAGAAUCAACAUUGAAUCCAUUUCGAAAGAGGCCGACGUCUACUCGCACGGCGUCCUGCAACAUCUGCGGCAGGAGGAGACGGCAUCGGGCGCCGCCGGCUAA